CCCAUCCCAGGCUUUGAGUGAAUUCAAUUCCCAACAAUACAACUUCUUCUCCUUGUUCUUUUAGUAGUCUUGCUAACUUUUGAAAAAAAUGUCUUGCAAUUGUAGCUGUGGUAGCGACUGCAAGUGCGGCAGUGGCUGCAAAUGUGGCAUGUACCCUGACUUGAGUUACUCAGAGACCACUUCCACUGAGACUAUCAUUGCUGGGGUUGCACCAGCGAAGAUGUUCUACGAGGGGCCUGAGAUGAACUAUGGAGCAGAGAACGACUGCAAGUGUGGCUCAAACUGCAGCUGCACCUCAUGCGGGUGCCACAAAUGAUCGAAGCAAGCCGAAGUCAAGACUCAAAGAAAAAGCUGUGAUGGUCUCCAUAAAUAAGAAAAGAGUGUAAGAGUUGGAAUAUUGUAAAAUAAGAUUGUUCAUGGGAUUUGGAAACCCAUGAAUCUCCUAGUAAGCUAGCAAGGAUUUGGGAUUUGCUUUGUGGCUUGUGUCUACCUUUGUAUCCUUCUUCUUCAUAUUUCCGUGUUUGUUCUACUUUCUGGUGAUUUCAGUUUGAUGGGUGUUUCGUUUGGGUUUGAAAAUGGUUGAUAAGAUUGCAGUAGGAUGAAUGAGGAAAAUGACCGUUUAUCUCUUUA